CCUUACGCACCGGGCAGUGGCGCAUUGUGUUACACCGUCCCGAUCUUACCGGCAUAUCCUUUAAAUAGAGCCUAUAGUAAGUUCCUGCCUUCAUUAAACGGCGAAGUACUCCGAUAGUCUUCAAGCCAGUUCGACCGAAGAAUUCGAUCGCACAGACAAAGAACUUGUGAAAAGAGGGCAGCUACUGGAGCCAAGAUCAUGGAUGGAUCUUUAUUUUGAGAGAAGAGUACAUUAGCAUAAACUAUUAACCAUGGCAAAUACAACAAUAGCAUCGUUCUUGAACCAGACCACGGCAUCGCCUGAAACUUGUGUUAAUGUCGCCAACUAUUUUUGCUCGGACAAGGGUAUCAUCCUUCCCAUAUUUGUCGAAGCAACAUGGCCUAUCGCACUACGAGCCUUUCUGUACCUUUUCGCGAUGCUGUACUGCUUCAUGGGAGUGGCGAUCAUUGCCGAUGUCUUCAUGUGUUCCAUCGAGGUCAUUACCAGCAAGACAAAGACGAUUAGUAUCGUCAAGCCGGGAACGGACAUCGUAGAGGAGGUCGAAGUCAGGAUAUGGAACGACACCGUCGCGAACUUGACUCUCAUGGCUCUUGGCUCCAGCGCGCCGGAGAUCCUGCUAUCCAUAGUCGGGAUCAUAAAAACCGGGUUCAAAUCCGAGGAGCUCGGACCUAGCACCAUCGUCGGCUCCGCUGCCUUCAACUUGUUAAUCAUCACGGGGGUGUGCGUCUCCGCGAUUCCCGCGGGCGAGGUCCGCAAGAUCAAGGCGGUCAAGGUGUUUGCGGUCACAGCUUUCUUCUCCAUAUUUGCGUACGCGUGGUUGUACAUCGUGCUGGUGCUGAACACCAAGGAUGUGAUGGACCUGUGGGAAGCCAUCGUGACCUUCAUGUUCUUCCCCAUCCUGGUCAUCCUGGCUUACAUCGCCGACAAGGACUACUGCUCCAGGAGGGUGGAUGUGGAGAAGGAAACUGACCACUUAGAACUUGGAAUGGGAGGGAGCCAGCUCGAUCAGCCACGGCUACAGUUUAGCAAUUCGUCGUACAUUUCUCACGAAGAGGAAAGUCAGUCUGGUACAGUGCUUGCAGAGUAUGCAGGCAUGGCUGCUGAACUGAAGCCCGGCCAUGUGAACAAGCAGUCCGUGUCCGAGUUCGUCAAGGAGAUCAGCAAGUACUCCGGAGGCAAGCUGUCUCCCGAGGAGGCGGCCAAACUGGCGGCCCUGAAGAUUCAGGAGAAUGAGAAGCACGACAGGAGCUGGUACCGCGUGAACGCUACGCGAUGGCUGGUGGGAGGGCGGAAAGUUUCCGUGAACGUGAACAAUAGCCUCAAGGAAAAACUGGAAGGGUCUCAGGUUUAUGACAAGGCCAAGAAUAAGGACGAGGUGCCGCUGAUUAUCGACUCAGCGUCGGACCUGUCCCAGGGCGGGACGUUUUCCGUCGUGGAGUUUUCCGCGUCGUCCUGCGCCGUGAUGGAAAGCCAGGGCACGGUGGAGGUGUCUGUGCUGCGCUCGGGCAGGACAAACACCAGGGUGCCUUUCAGGUAUGAAACCAUUGAUGGCACAGCCGAAGCAGGCUCAGACUACAUCCCACAGAAGGAUGUUCUGGUCUUCGAACCAGGAGAGAGCAUGAAGAACAUCAAGAUCGUCAUCGUGGACGACAACCAAUGGGAGACCGACGAGACCUUCUUCGUGAAGCUGUCGGUGGAUCCCGACAGCGGCGCUGUUCUGGGACGGAAGAGCAUCAAUGAGAUUACCAUCAUAAAUGAUGAUGAUCCUGGUGUCCUGGACUUCACCAAGCCCAGUUUCAUCUUCAAGGAGUCUGCGGGGAUUGCCAGCGUCCCCGUACAGAGGACCAAGGGGUCAGAUGGGGUCAUCUCGGUCAAGUGGAAGACUAAGGACAUGAGGGCUGUGAAUGGAAGGGACUAUGUUGGUGGAGAGGGGGUGUUGGAGUUUCAGCAUGGGGAGACAGAGAAGAACAUUGACAUUCAGAUCUUCGAUGACAAGGACUUUGAGAAGGAUGAGGACUUUAUGGUGGAGCUGUCGGAUGCUGCGGGCGGGGCUAUGAUUGGCAGGCAGAGGAGGACAGUUGUCACGAUUGUCAACGAUGAUGAAUAUAAUGGCCUAGUUGACCGUGUCCUGACCAUUGUGAACGUGAACAUGGACCACUUGCAACUGGCCUCCUCCACGUGGGGGGGACAGUUCAGGGACGCCAUGAACGUGAACGGUGGAGACGUGGAGAACGCCACCACCAUGGACUACGUCAUGCAUUUCCUGACCUUUGGAUGGAAGGUCAUGUUUGCCCUGACUCCACCAGUCAACUUCUUGGGUGGCUGGUUGACCUUCAUUGUGUCCUUGAUGGGCUUCAUUUUCCUCCUGACUGUCAUCAUCAGUGACCUGGCCACCACAUUUGGCUGUCUGAUCGAGCUGGAGGACAACAUCACCGCCAUUACACUAGUUGCCAUGGGAACAAGUUUACCGGAUCUUUUUGCCAGCAGAACGGCUGCUCGAGCAGAGAAGUAUGCGGAUGCCUCCAUUGGAAACGUGACUGGCAGUAACUCAGUCAACGUGUUCCUGGGUCUGGGCCUGCCAUGGCUGAUCGCCAGUAUCUACUGGGAAGCUCAGGGGGAAAAGUUUGCGGUUCCCGCGGGUUCCCUCGCGUUCAGCGUGAUGGCGUACUCCAUCUGUGCGAUCCUGUGCAUCAUCAUCCUGGUCAUUCGCAGGAUCGUUCCCGCCUUCGGAAGGGCGGAACUCGGAGGAACGCCAAGUCUCAAAUACGUUUCCUCGGGGUUAAUGGCGUCGCUGUGGGUUUUGUAUAUCGUCUUAGCUAUUCUAGAAACCAAAAAAGUUAUCGUUGUUCCCUUGUAGAAAUAUUAUUUGAAAUCUACAUAAUUUAUGAUUAUGUUUUUCAUAAUCUUUUCAUAUCUCCUGGCACUGCUAAUUAAUAAUAUGUAAACUUUAAAGCAUAGAACAAUCAUGUUUUUAUCAUUCGCCUUUUGUACUUUCUUUAAAAUGUCAAUUUUGGAGGAAGAUAUAACUGAUAUUCCAGAAGUAUUUCUGUCAUGAUUUUCAAACUUUCUCAGAACAAUAUUUUAGAAUGCUAGUUCACCUUUAUCUGUGGGUAACCUAUAUCCAUUGUUUUUGAAAAACAGCUGAGGGUAUUUGGGGAUAUCAAGUCUACAGCAAUAUCUUAAAUAUUGAAACUUGAAACGUUAACUUCAACUUAAUGUUCCUAAACGUCCUGUUUUAAAAAGAUAAUGGAUAUAGAUUAUCCUGCUAUCUGCGUUAUCUGAUGACAAUUUCUCUAUAAGUCAAUAUUUCAUUAUUGUAAGUUGUUAAGGAUACAUAAUCACAUGAAAGACUUAUCUUAAUAUAAAGCCAAGAAUAUUACCAAUCUAUUUUACUUUAAGGCAUGAUAUUGUGUGUUGCCGUGUGUUUCAUUAGAUUGUACAUAAUUUUAUCAUGUAUACAGAGAUGUGUUCAAAGCAUGAAAUUUAUUGAACUACUAAGUACUACAUUAAUAUUUUAUUGUGUGUUUCCAUUACAAAUUGUAUAUGUAGGUAAAUACAAAAAAAUGUAAGUCUUGAGUUACACAUAAUCCUAAGACCACAUCAAUUUAUACUUCUUGGUUACAAUAUUUACUUUGAUUAAAGGCCAAAAAUCAGAAACUAUCAUUUACAAAUCAAAGUAGGAUACAUGUCAACUACUUAUUUUGGCAUAUUGCUCAUAUUUCGAGUUUUAGAAAUUGUCUGCCCUUUUUGUUAAAAUCUCAAUCAUCAAAGUUGCUCUGGUAACGGUAUUUGAGUCCAUCACUUUCAUGCAAAAGACGAAAACCAAGAAAACAAAAUUGGUGCGGCCUAAAAAUUGUUUUGCUGAUUAACAAUCAGAAUUUGAAAUAAAAAGCACAGUUGCUUUUUUUUCUUAAAAGCAACUGUUGAAACAGCAUCAUUGUAAAUAUUGUAAAUACAGAUGUGCAGUGUUUUAACUUUUGAUUUUGAUUAUUUUUGUGGAUAUAUU